AUGAGUUCUCGUACUUCAGAAUCUGGUAAAACGAAGUUGUCUUCCGUGACAGCUGAAACGCCAUUUGGAUAUCCUUUAGAUCCAAGCGAGUUGCACUCAGAUGUGCUUACUACACCAUUCAACGUGAUUCGGUCCACUGCAUACCUUCUAUCCUCGACAAUUUUCAACUAUGCACUUCCUGGUGAAAAGGAGAAGUCGAAAAGUGGUGAUGCAAAGACUGAUAGUGAUCUUUUCAGGCUUUGGACUGAGCUCAAGAGAGGCAACAGUCAGGGCCAAAUUCCAGACUUGUACAACCUAGAUGUGACCUCAGGUUGCGGUUCAAUCUUGCUUGGAUACUUGGGUAAGACUUUGAGCUCCGAAAAGUUGAAAGACUUGACUGUUUUCGGUUCGACCGCACUUCUUGAAAAUUUGGCCUCUUGCUUUGUCAGCAACAGCACUGACAUCACCAAGUUGCCGAUUUCGUUCGAGAUCUCAACUGUGGACUAUGAUUUCAAGGCAGGCAGACUUGUUUCAGGCUUCACAAAGGCACUUACUGCGGCUAAGUUGCUCAGAUUGCCGGUUUUGGUCUCUUCAUCGCCAAAUGAGGCCCAGUAUUUCACUAUUUUAUCCUCUGUUUUGGCCAAACUAGGCAUCGCAAACGUCCAUUUGUUCGGCGGAGUGAAGGUUUUGCGUACUAGCAGGUCUAUUUCCGGCGUUUUAUCCCGCCAGGAAAUCGCCAAUGUCGAGUCUAAGCUUAUUGCAUUACUUCAGACUCCUCGUUUCUUCUCCUUACGCCCUACAAAGCGUAUCUCCGAGUCUUUCCAGGCCUUGAGAGAUGCAUUGGGUGUCAACUUGGCUCCUUUCACCAUCUAUGGCAACACCGGGUUGUCCGUCAAGACCUUGUUUGUGGUCUGUGACGCCAACGAGACCACAUCUGCUCUUUUCGAGCAGAUUGGCAAGUUCUCUUCAUCCUCUGCCAGCAUUAUCGUGAAGUCUCCGUCCCCAUUCGACUCGCAGACCUUCAAUGAGAUCAUAGGCUCGUCGUUUGGCCAUCUGGAGAGAAUUGUAGUUGUCUCGCAGGCUCUAAACGGCAUCAGCCAUGUCCGACUCGAUGUUCAGGCCUCUCUAUACAUGAGCGGCAACUUUGGCAUCAAAAUCGAUUCGUACUCAUCGUCUCCAGAGCAGCAAUUUGAAGCUUUGGACUUCCAGAAGUUGUUGCACGAGUAUGCGGAGGCAAAUGCUAAUCUUCCAUCUUCCGGAUCGCUGUUCAGGUUCAUCUUCAGCGAUGAUUACGCACACAUCACUGCUGCCUCAAAUAUCGCGUUCGGUCUUUCCAUGGUUCCAGGCCUCAAGGUCCAGUACCAGCCUAUAUAUGACAAUUAUGCCUUUGGUGGUCUUUUCGUAGCCGAUAUAAAGGCUGGAAGAAGCCUCGGGGGCCAGAAAGACUUGAUUUUCGUCCAGAGCUUUGAUAUUCUUAACCAGGUCCGCUCGAUCGACGACUUGAAGACUGGAGGCACGGUUGUUGUUCUUAACCCGGUUGGCAGCAAGCUUGACUUGAAGAAUGUGGAGAAGGACAGUCUUUCCAGUACCGUGAAGAGGAUUCUCGCUGAUAAAAAGGCCACAUUGAAGAUUCUUGACAUGAAUGCAGUUGGCAAAGAUGCCGGAACCAAGGGGUUAACCACACCGAUUGCCAUUAAUGUCGCAUUUUGGACGUUUGCUUACCCAGAGUUCGAAGUGACCCCGAUGGUGAACAAGAUCUGGAACUGCUAUGGUCCGACAAAUGAGCUUUUGGCCUCUGUUAUUCUCAAUUUGGUCAACAAGGUGAGAAAGAGCGGAUUCCAGGAGUUGCCAUACUCGAAUGAGUGGCUAAAGGAUGAGAAGGAGGAUGAUGAGAAGAAAGACGAUGAAGAUACUGAUAAGAAAGAUAAAAAGAACAGCAAGACUGAUAUUCCUGCGCCUGCGGACAUAUUCGACACUUCUUUCGUCCCAGCAGUGAGAGAAGAGCUUGUUGUUGAUGAUGCCAAGCCAGCAAGAGAGUCGCAUCUGGAAUUGGCAAAGAAGUUGAUGUUCCGCGAGGCUUAUGGCACUCACGAGGAGUUGAGGCCGGAUGAGCCGGUCCAGAACUUCGUGAUCAAAGUCAAGGAAAAUAAGAGGGUUACUCCGCUUGACUACAACCGGAACAUCUUCGAGAUUGAGUUCGACAUCUCGGGUACCGGCAUGAAGUACAGCAUUGGUGAAGCCUUGGGAGUUCAUGGAAGAAACGAUUCUGGCCUUGUGGAUAAGUUCAUCAAGAUGUAUGGCCUAAAGCCACAAGACACGUUUGAAAUCCCACUCGCAGACUCCAAGGUGGCCGAGUUCCAGACCAGGACUGUGCAGCAGCUCCUAACGGAGAAUGUGGACUUGUUCGGCAAGCCGGGCAAGAAGUUCUACGAGUCAUUGGCAGAGUAUGCCACAGAUAAUGAGCAGAAGAAGUUGUUGAAGAGACUGGUUGCCCCAGCAGGCGCAGCACUCUUGAAAGAGUACCAGGAUGAGCAAUUCUUCACCUAUGCUGACAUCCUCGAGAAGUUCAGCAGCGCCCGUCCAAGCUUUGAGGAUCUACUUGCUCUCAUUCCACCUCUCAAGAGACGUGAGUACUCGAUCGCCUCAUCGCAGAAAAUGCACCCUAACGAGGUCCAUUUGUUGGUUGUCGUGGUCGAUUGGGUGGACAAGCAGGGAAGAAAGAGGUACGGUCAGUGCUCCAAGUACCUGAGCGACUUGAAGGUCGGAGACUCCAUCGUUGUGUCUGUCAAGCCAUCCUUGAUGAAGCUUCCGGAGACCACCACUCAGCCUAUCGUUAUGGCUGGUUUGGGUACCGGUUUGGCACCUUUCAAAGCGUUUGUCGAGGAGAGACAGUUCCAGAAAGAGCAUGGCCACGAAGUUGGCGAAAUCUACCUCUACUUGGGUUCUAGACACAAGAAGCAAGAGUUCUUGUAUGGUGAGUACUGGCAGGCCUACUUGAACUCGCACAUCCUUACAUACUUGGGUGCUGCCUUCUCCAGAGACCAGGAUCACAAGAUCUACAUCCAGGAUCGGAUCAGAGAGAACAUCCAGGAGUUGACCGACUUGAUUUGCCACAAAAACGGCCACUUCUACCUGUGCGGUCCUACAUGGCCUGUUCCUGACAUCACUGCCUGCCUAGAGGACGUUUACAAGGCUGAGGCCAAGAAUUCUGACAAGACUAUCAAUGCCAGUGAGGAGGUCGAGAAGAUGAAGGAGGAGGGAAGGUUUGUUCUUGAGGUUUAUUAG